AGCGCACAAAAUUAACCCACACCCACUAAUCACUCCUCCUCCUCUCUCUCUAGACUUAAAAUUAUACUCUACUUGUUUGUUGUUUUCUGUUCUACUUUGCCCCGUACGUCACUUUACUAGCUCCCUUCUCUCCCUUCUUCACAACUUCCUCGCCUUCUUCUCUCUCAUUCACAUCACACAAUCUACUGUAAGUACCGAAUCCUUUACCCUGCUGCUGUCCUCUUGAUGCCCAUCCAGUAAAAUCUUUCACCCAGAAGUCCAGAUUAGUUUCAGAAGCAAUAAAACCCUUUUCACGGUUUUGGGACGGCUGAAGUUGCAGUCACGAAUGUAGAGAGAGAGAGAGAGAGAGAGGAAGCUGUAUGUGGAGACCACGGAGAAAAGAUUCUUCAACCCACCAAACAAAACAGGCGCAACAAAAGAAAUAGUAAUAAAGAGCGUAUCUUUAGCCCAUUGUGUUUUUAUGCAGUUGUUGGGUGGUGUUUAACAUCACGAUUCGAGGGAAAUGAGGAGAGAAUGGAGGAGGGCAGUAAUGGAACCGAUUUCCUCUCUAUUUUUCAUCAUCCCCAUCAUCACUCUUUCCUGUACAAACGCGGUAGAACUAUCUUCCCAAAGCGAAGAUGUAUCGGGCUUACUCGCAUUCAAGAAGUCCUCAGUCGAUUCCGACCCAUACGGUUCGUUAACCGGUUGGGUCCCCACUUCCUCUGCCCCAUGCUCGUGGACCGGUGUGACCUGCGUUAACGGCCGAGCCACCGUGCUUGACCUCACAAACGCAGGUCUCGUUGGCCCCCUUCACCUAGACAUACUCGCUGCCUUACCUUACCUAAUCCAUAUCCGUCUUGGUGGCAACUAUUUCUCCGGCAAUCUUACCUUUCAACCGUUUGUUUGCCGCCUCGAAACCCUCGAUUUAUCUCUGAACAAGUUCUCAUUACCAUUGGAUUUGUCCCAAUCCUGUGACCCCCUUGUGUAUCUUAAUCUCUCUGGAAAUUCAAUCCCUGGUGGUAGUCUUAGCAUUGGACCUAACCUUUUGCAGCUUGACCUCUCUCGGAAUCAUAUUUCGAAAACAUCUCUCUUGGUUGAUUCCCUUUCCAACUGUCAGAACUUGAAUCUCCUAAAUUUCUCAAAUAACCAAAUGACUGGAAAUCUGAGUUCCAUUUCAUUUUCUUGUAAAAAUCUUGGUACUCUAGACCUAUCUAGUAAUCUCUUGACUGGGGAGAUACCACGGUCUUUUCUGGCUCAAUCUCUCCAAGUCUUCGAUCUCUCGAACAAUAGCUUUACUGGAGACUUCUCUAGUCUUGAAUUCGGUAGCUGCUUGAAUUUGACAAUGCUCGACUUGUCCCAUAACAUCCUGUUUGGAACCGAUUUCCCGGUUAGUUUGAGAAACUGCCAGCUUCUUGAGACGGUUGAUGUGGGUUACAAUGAGAUGAAGUUAACGAUAGCAGGGUUUUUUUUGGGGAGCUUUAAACGAUUGAGGCAGCUGUAUUUGCCUCACAAUGGGAUUUCUGGAGAGAUUCCACCGGAAUUGGGACAGAUUUGUGGGAGUCUAGAGGUUCUUGAUCUUUCUGGGAACAAUCUUAGUGGUGGGCUGCCUUCAACUAUCGCUGCUUGUUCUUCGUUGUUCAGCCUUAACCUCGGCUACAAUCAGCUUUCAGGCAAUUUCCUUGGACUAAUAAGUCGUCUCCCAAGUCUCAAGUAUCUAUAUCUCCCCUUCAACAAUAUAACUGGUCCUGUGCCGCUGUCAUUGGCAAAUAUCACUCAGCUUCAAGUGUUGGACCUCGGUGCUAAUGCUUUAACAGGGAAUCUACCUUCUGGGUUUUGCUCGUCUACAUCGUCAUCCACCACCUUGGAAAGGCUUUACCUUUCAAACAAUUAUCUAACAGGAAAGGUGCCAUCCGAGCUCGGAAAAUGCAGGAACUUGAAAACAAUUGAUCUUAGUUUCAAUAACCUUGUUGGUGAAAUUCCUUUCGAAAUAUGGAGUCUGCCAAAUCUUUCAGAGUUGGUUAUGUGGGCUAAUAACCUCGAAGGGGAAAUCCCAGAAGUCAUUUGCAACAUUGGAGGAAAUCUCCAGACUCUGAUUCUCAACAACAAUCUUAUUUCGGGAACCCUUCCACUUUCCAUUGGCAACUGUACAAACCUACUUUGGGUUUCCCUCUCAAAUAACCACUUGACUGGAGAAAUACCAUCUGGUAUUGGAAAUCUUGUUAACCUCGCUAUCCUUCAAAUGGCUAUCAAUAAUCUCACUGGAGAGAUCCCAAAGGCAUUAGGAAAUUGCCGUAGCCUCAUCUGGCUGGAUUUGUUUAGCAAUGACCUAACUGGUCCAAUCCCACUAGAGCUUGCGGACAAUUCUGGCCUUAUUGUCCCUGGAUUUGUUUCAGGGAAGCAGUUUGCAUUCGUGAGAAAUGAAGGUGGGACAUCUUGCCUAGGUGCUGGAGGACUAGUUGAAUUCAAGGGUAUUAGGGCAAACACACUGGAAAACUAUCGUGUUGUACAUUCUUGCCCAUCGACUAGAAUCUACACUGGGGUGACGGUUUACACGUUCCAAAGCAAUGGCACCAUAAUGUACCUUGAUCUCUCCUACAAUUCCCUUUCAGGAACUAUACCAGAGAAUUUGGGGUCAUUGACCUUUCUGCAGGUCUUGAAUUUAGGACACAACAAGCUAACUGGAACCAUCCCAUCCAGCUUAGGAAACUUAAAGGCUGUUGGGGUUCUCGAUCUCUCUCAUAACCAUCUAGAGGGAUUCAUUCCAGGGUCAUUAGGCGGUCUGUCAUUUGUAACUGACCUUGAUGUAUCAAACAACAAUCUCACAGGGUCUAUCCCUUCAGGCGGUCAGUUAACUACUUUUCCAGCUUCCAGGUAUGCCAACAAUUCCGGUCUUUGUGGUCUUCCUUUGCCUCUUUGUGGAUCCCGAAGUGAUACCGACCAUCCACCUGGGGUCUCUCACCAUCGAGAACACAAGCAAGUAGUGACUGCAGAGAUGGUAAUUGGAAUUGGGGGCUCUGUUUUAUGUAUCAUCGCGCUUCUAGUUGCUCUUUACAGGACAAAGAAGCAUCAGAAAGAGAAGGAGAAGAGGGAGAAGUACAUCGAAAGCCUUCCAACUUCUGGUAGCAGCAGCUGGAAAUUAUCAGCUGUUCCUGAGCCACUGAGUAUCAAUGUUGCGACCUUUGAGAAGCCUUUGAGGAAGUUGACUUUUGCGCAUUUGCUUGAAGCUACCAACGGAUUCAGUAACGACAGCUUGAUUGGUUCUGGAGGGUUUGGUGUGGUGUACAGAGCACAGUUGGGAGACGGCUGUGUUGUUGCAAUCAAGAAACUUAUUCAUGCGACAGAUCAAGGAGAUCGAGAGUUUAUGGCGGAAAUGGAAACAAUAGGGAAGAUCAAACACCGAAAUUUGGUACCCUUAUUGGGUUACUGCAAAAUAGGAGAGGAAAGGCUUCUUGUUUAUGAGUACAUGAAAUGGGGAAGUUUGGAGUCUGUUCUUCACGAGAAGGUGAAAAAUGGGGAAUCAAAACUUGAUUGGGCGGCAAGAAAGAAGAUUGCCAUUGGGUCCGCUAGAGGAUUAGCAUUCCUUCACCAUAGCUGUAUUCCUCACAUCAUCCACCGCGACAUGAAAUCUAGCAAUGUGCUUUUGGAUGAGGAUUUUGAAGCCAGGGUGUCUGAUUUUGGUAUGGCGAGAUUGGUGAAUGCACUUGACACUCAUCUCAGUGUGAGCACUCUCGCGGGGACCCCAGGUUAUGUUCCGCCGGAGUACUACCAAAGUUUUAGGUGCACAACUAAGGGAGAUGUCUACAGUUAUGGUGUCAUAUUAUUGGAACUUCUCUCUGGAAAGAGACCUAUCGAUCCGUUGGUGUUUGGUGAUGACAACAAUCUGGUUGGGUGGGCAAAGCAGCUUCAUAAAGAGAAGAGAAGUCAUGAGAUACUGGACCCUGAAUUGAAUUCACACGAAUCUUCUCGUGCUGCUGAAUUGUAUCAGUGUCUAAGGAUUGCUUUUGAGUGUCUAGAUGACAGGCCUUUCCGGAGGCCCACAAUGAUUCAGGUGAUGGCCAUGUUUAAAGAUCUUCAGACCGAUUCAGAAAGUGAUGUUCUUGAUGGUAUCUCACUGAAAAAUACAGUAAUUGAGGAACGCCAAGAGAAACAGCCUUAGUUGAUGGCAUUUGAGUCUAAUUGGACUGAGAAAGUUUUGUUCACGCCAGUUCGGCCGCUCAUGAACUGCUAUUGCAGCGAUGGUUACGGAGAUUUGAACAUCUGAAAUUGAAGAUGGGUGUUUUUGUGUUCUUCAGAUUUUGUGUACUGUAAAUAAUAAUGCACUGAAGGAGGUAGAAGUAAUGGAAAAGGGUAGGGUGAACAAACAAUUGGGAGCUUCUCUGUUUCUCAAACUGGAUUUGCUUCAUCUUUUUACUUUCUCCAGUCAUCUUGUCUAGUGGUAAGACUUGGAAAAUUUGUUCUGUUUCCAUUGGCUUCUGUUUCCUGUCACAAUUUUGCUAGCUGUAUCCAGAACUUUGUUUGUCAAUUGUUUUAGAUUGCUAAUGUUAGUACAGAGCUGUGAAUUUGAGAAA